CUAUAACAUUUACAAGCCCUAAAUUGCGAGUUUUCGACUUCGAGUCGGAGGAGUUUGGAGAAAUUCAACCAAGCUUCUUCGCCUCCUCUACUGAAGAAAGAAUCUCGAAUGGGCACCGGCCAAACUACGAGCGAAGCCAAGAAGUCCAAAUCGAAGACCCCUCGGAAAACCCAAGAUAGUAGCAUUCUCAAACAGAAAUCCCCAGCCGAGUUCUUUGCUGAGAACAAGAACAUUGCCGGGUUUGAUAAUCCAGGAAAAUGUCUUUACACAACUGUGAGAGAACUUGUUGAAAAUGCUCUUGAUUCUGCUGAAUCAAUCUCUGAGCUUCCAGCAGUGGAAGUAACUAUUGAAGAGAUUGGCAGAAGCAAGUUUAAUGCCAUGAUUGGUCUUGUUGAUUAUGAACGUGUUGAUGAGGAGUUAUAUGAUGAUUUUGAGACAACCAAGGCUCGUGAGAAACGACUUUUGAAGGAAGCUCGUUUGCAAGAAGUUCAGGCCAAGAAUGCAGCUCUUGGGAAAAAAGUGAAAGAGCCAGCAGCACCAAAGGCUAUUAGGGGUCGAGGUGAGGCCUCAUUUUACAGGGUCACUUGUAAGGAUAAUGGAAGAGGGAUGCCACAUGAUGAUAUUCCCAAUAUGUUUGGGCGAGUUUUGUCUGGGACAAAAUAUGGCUUGAAGCAGACACGGGGAAAGUUUGGACUUGGUGCAAAGAUGGCAUUAAUUUGGUCCAAGAUGAGCACAGGGCUUCCUAUAGAGAUAUCCUCAUCAAUGAGGGGCCAAAAUUAUAUAUCAUUCUGCAGGCUGGAUAUAGACAUUCAUAGGAACGUUCCUCACAUUCACUUACAUGAAAAACGGGACAACAAGGACAAAUGGCAAGGAGCUGAAAUCCAAAUUGUUAUUGAGGGGAAUUGGACAACUUACCGUCCUAAAAUAUUGCAUUACAUGCGUCAAAUGGCUGUUAUCACACCAUAUGCCCAAUUUACUUUUAAAUUUGUAUCAGAUGCAUUAGAUAAGAAUGUCACCAUAAGAUUUGCAAGACGAACAGACAUAAUGCCUCCAGUUCCUCCUGAGACAAAGUACCAUCCAUCAGCUGUUGAUUUGCUUCUCAUUAAACGCCUUAUUGCAGAAACAUCAAAACAGAAUCUUUUGCAGUUUCUUCAGCACGAAUUUGUGAACAUUGGGAAAUCUUAUGCUGAACGUUUAAUUGGGGAAAUGGGCUCAGAAUUUAGCCCCAAAAUGCCUGUCAAGUCGCUAACUUCUCAGCAAAUUGUUCGCAUUCAUCAGUUGUUUCGUCAGGCGAAGUUUGAUGACCCUAGUGGUGAUUGUCUUAGUCCUGCAGGGGAAUACAAUCUUCGUCUUGGAAUUAUAAAGGAGCUGCACCCAGACAUGGUUGCAACUUAUUCAGGAAGUGCUCAAGUUUUUGAAGGGCACCCAUUCGUUGUGGAAGCUGGGGUCAGUGUGGGUGGAAAAGAUGUUAAGCAGGGUCUGAAUAUUUUCCGAUUUGCAAAUCGUAUUCCCCUACUAUUCGAGCAAGGCGGUGAUGUUGUCACCAGGACUGCCCUCAAGAGAAUCAACUGGAACAGUUAUAAAAUCAACCAGACACAAGAUAAGAUUGGUGUCUUUGUGAGCAUUGUGAGUACAAAAAUUCCCUUCAAAGGGACUGGAAAGGAAUAUAUUGGAGAUGACAUAAGUGAGAUAGCAUCUGCUGUCAAGACUUCUAUUCAACAGUGCUGUAUCCAGCUAAAAUCCAAAAUAGUGAGGAAAAUCCAGGCUCGUGAGCAGCAGGAGAGAAAACGAAAUUUAAGCAAGUACAUUCCGGAUGCUACUGGUGCUAUCUAUGAUGUCCUAAAAGAAAUGGCACUCUCACAUUCAUCAAAGAGAAAACGCUAUGAGGAUGAAGAUGCUGAUACUGAAUUACUGAAGAAAGUGUCAGCUCGUGUGAUAACAAAAGAGACUCUAACAGAAAAGCUUGCUCAACAUGUUGAACAGGUGGACUAUGAAAUGGCAUUGGAAUAUGCAACACAGAGAGGGGUAAAAGAGGAACCUAGAGAACCCAUUUAUUUACAUUCACUGGAAUCCGAAAAUAAAUUCCUUGAUUUACAUAGCCCCAUAUUUGUAUUCAGGCUGUUUCAGUAGGAACAAAAUUAGACGUCAUUUUAUAGUUGUGUAUUUCUUCCGCGCAUCAAAUAAAGAACCAUUUGAGGUUCGUGGUGAA